CGACCGACCGGAGCCGGGGACGGCCGUCUGCCUCGCACAGUCCUACUGCAGCGUUUUGGCGCCGGCUGCUGCCCUUACUGUAAACCCGCCACUGACAGGGCGGACGGUAUUGACCAGCGUCCUUUGGCGGCCGAGGAAGCGGGAAAGAGCUGCCGUGAGGGAGCCUGUUGGACGGGCGCUGGUGCCGGUUGUUUGGCGAUCGGUGCCGGCACUGGGUACGUCUUUGGCGGUUGUCCGGGUGCUGGGGUCGGGGG